AUGAGGGUUCUGCGUGCAGCCCGCCCCUCGCUGGAUGGCCAGCAGCUGGCCGUCCUGCCCAGCGCAUUCGGCACCCUCUACCAGGGCGAACACUUCCACGCACUCACCACCACCACCACAAACACCACCACCACCUUCCUCCUCGAACAGCCCCACCACCAACAACCAACAGCACUCACCCCCGACGAGCACCACCACAUCACCCACCACACCACCCAGCCAGGACCCCACGCCCUCAUCUGCACCCCCACAGCCAGCCACAGAAAGCUCUACAAGUUCAGCGUCCACAACCCCCUCGCAAUCACCGCCAAACUACACUCCCACGCCCUCCAGCCCACCCAAGCCGACCUCCCCCCGUCCACCACCACCACCAGCAGCCCCAGACACCUGCAGAUCCAGCUCCACAACCUGGCCGACAAGCCGCUCCUCGCCCUGCACCUCUCCACCCUCCCCCGCCCCGCCGCGCCGAUCGGGGCCCCAUCCGCAAGCCUCCAGCCGGGCGACACCCACCAGUUCCUCUUCGCGCUCCCCGCGGACGAGGAGGCGCUCCCGACGGAGGUCGAGGUGCGCUGGACCAGCCUCAUGGGCGAGCCCGGCGUGCUCACCCGGCCCAUCCUCCCCCCCGCAACCCUUCUCCACAGACCGCCGACCGCCCAAAGGAACGCGCUCUUCGAGUCCCGUCUGGCGCCCACAGGCCCGCCCGCCCGGCCAGGCGAGCCGGUCGUCUACGAGCUCCGGCUGGCCUGCGUGGCCCAGCAGGACCCGCAAGCCGACGCGGCCCUGCUCGCCAUCCUGCACACCCAGCUCGCCGCGCUCCAUCUCCGGGACACCGCCGCCCUCCAUCUGCUCCCCCUCGCCCCACAGCCCCUCCAGCCCCAGCAGCAGACACCCCCACCCGCCGCACAGCCCCUCCAGCCCCAGCAAACACCCCCACAGCGCACCUUCAUCCUCCCCCUCCUCCCCACCCACCCCAACCCCGCCCCGCUCACCCUCGCCAACCUCGCCACCGGCACUCCCCACAUCGACUCUCUCUUCGGCUUCGGUCCCCCACACGCCCCCCCCCCCGCCCGCGCCCGCCGUCUCCCCAGUCGGGAAAUAUCCCCUGUAACACUGCCCCCUGAUUGCGCCGACCAAAUGUAG